AACCACUCCACAGCCCCCGGAGCCAGACCCAUCCUGCAUACCUCCCCUCCUUCUUCAUCACCAUCAUCAUCAUCAUCUUCUUCUUCUCUUCGCACGUCUAUCAUCCAUGGGCUCCCUGGGAAGCAGAGACGGCGAGAAGCGACACGCGGUGGAGAGCGUGGGCACGGAGGCGGCGUGCGCACUGCUGGUGUCGGAGCAGUACGGGUACGUGGACGUGCGCAUGUGGGAGGACUUCGACCGCGGCCAUGUCGCCGGAGCGCGCAACGUGCCUUACUACCUCUCCGUCAACCCCCACGGCAAGGAGCGCAACCUGGACUUUGUGGACCAGGUUGCCGCGCUCCACUCUAAGCACGACCGGCUCCUCGUCGGCUGUCGCUCCGGGGUGCGGUCCAGGCUCGCCACCACCGACCUUGUCGCCGCCGGGUUCACGAAGGUGAAGAACCUGGAGGGUGGCUACCUCUCCUUGCUCAAGAGCGUCAGUUACCCACAGCAGGCAGCAGCAGCCAUCCACCACUAAUACAGCCGGGAUGAUUUUCCUUUGUUUUUCAAGGCUCUCAGGAACAAGUUUGGUAAUCUAUUAUUUACGAUGUACAGAGGAAAUUGCCAAGGAAAAGAAGGCAUUUUGUAUGUAUAAAACUAUAUAGGCAUCUGAGACUUGGACUUGGGCCAACCAAUAGUACUACUGCUACCAGAUUUUUGAUUGGUUUUCUUUGAGAAUGUAUGGACAAGAAGGGAAAAAAAUGUUUGCAGGCGCA